UGGAGAUGCUGAGGGAGACAGCUGAGUGUGGGGUCUGCUGGCUGGCAUGGGAAAUCUCCGCUGAGAUGGAAGUGCAGAAUUGAAAGGGGCUCAGAGCCGCGUUCCCUGGAGGAUAGCAGGCUGGAUCUCGGGAGGGCUGGACUCGGCAAAUACUCCGAGAAGGACACGUUUUAUUUCUUGGGAAACACACCAGCCUGCCCUGUCUGCCACCUUAUUGUCGCAGAAUGAAUAUUUUUUUCACUAGGACGAGUGUGUAUGCGAGGCAGAUAGCGGAGGACAGAGUGGUUGAAGAGGCAGCCAUGAGCCCACCGCGCCGAUCCUCAAGUUCCCAUGGCGACAGGUCCUCCACGGAGACGCUCCAGAAGAACAACUGCAGCAACUCCGGUGUAAUUCUGGACAUCUCAGCCCUUAAAAUGGCCGACAUUGACACGGAGGUGCCUCCUCUUCCGCCUCGAUAUCGCUUCAGGGACCUGCUGCUCGGGGACCAGACGUUUCAAAAUGACGACAGGGUGCAGGUAGAAUUCUACGUGAAUGAAAACACCUUCAAGGAGAGGCUGAAGCUCUUCUUCAUCAAGAACCAAAGGUCAAGCCUGAGGAUCCGCAUGUUCAACCUGCUCCUGAAGCUGCUCACAUGUGCCCUCUACAUCCUCAGAGUUUACCUGGACAACCCUGCCGACAUCAACCGCAGUGUAUGCGCAAACUGUCAUAAUAGCAGGAAUAGUACAACAGGCCCCAAAGAGAUUGACUGGGAGGUGAUUUUUUGGGUCAACAGACGUGAGCCUGUAUGGGCAAUACAGGUCACAGUGGCCUUAAUCAGUUUCUUGGAGACCAUGCUUAUCACAUAUCUCAGCUACAAGGGGAACAUUUGGGAGCAGAUGUUCCAGAUAUCCUUCAUAUUGGAGAUGAUCAAUACAGUGCCGUUUAUAAUCACAAUCUUCUGGCCUCCGUUGAGAAACAUAUUUGUCCCCGUGUUUCUGAACUGCUGGCUAGCUAAAUGUGCUCUGGAGAACAUGAUUAAUGAUUUCCAUCGUGCCAUCCAGAGGACCCACUCCGCCAUGUUUAACCAGGUGCUCAUCCUCAUCUGCACCCUGCUGUGUCUGGUCUUCACUGGGGCCUGUGGGAUCCAGCACCUAGAGAGAGCAGGAAAGAACCUGUCUUUCUUCGACUCGCUGUAUUUCUGCAUUGUAACCUUCUCUACAGUGGGCUACGGGGACGUCACGCCGCAGAUCUGGCCCUCACAGUUACUGGUGGUCAUCCUCAUCUGUGUGGCACUGGUGGUGCUUCCACUACAGUUUGAGGAGCUUGCCUUCCUGUGGAUGGAGAGACAGAAGUCAGGAGGGAACUACAGCCGCCACCGGGCCCAGACGGAGAAACACGUUGUGCUGUGCGUCAGCUCGCUCAAGAUAGACCUGCUCAUGGACUUCCUCAAUGAGUUUUACGCUCACCCUCGAUUGCAGGACUACUACGUGGUGAUCCUGUGUCCCACAGAGAUGGACAUCCAGGUGCGUCGUAUCCUCCAGAUCCCUCUGUGGUCCCAGAGGGUCAUCUACCUCCAGGGAUCAGCCCUCAAAGACCAGGACCUCAUGAGGGCCAAGAUGGACGAUGCAGAGGCCUGCUUCAUCCUCAGCAGCAGGAAUGAGGUGGACCGAACAGCCGCUGACCACCAGACUAUCUUGAGGGCUUGGGCAGUGAAGGACUUUGCUCCGAACUGCCCCCUUUACGUCCAAAUCCUCAAACCAGAAAACAAGUUUCAUGUCAAGUUUGCAGAUCAUGUGGUGUGUGAGGAAGAGUUUAAGUAUGCCAUGUUGGCCCUGAACUGUGUGUGUCCGGCCACAUCCACUCUGGUCACGCUCCUGGUCCACACCUCCCGAGGACAGGAAGGCCAGAUGUCCCCGGAGCAGUGGCAGAGGAUGUACGGCCGCUGCUCGGGAAAUGAGGUCUACCACAUCCGCCUGUGCGACAGCAAGUUUUUCGGGGAGUAUGACGGGAAGAGCUUCACCUACGCCUCCUUCCACGCCCACAAGAAGUACGGUGUGUGUCUCAUUGGGGUGAAGCGGGAGGACAACAAAAGCAUCCUCCUUAACCCUGGGCCCCGCCACAUCAUGGCCGCCGCCGACACCUGCUACUACAUCAACAUCACCAAGGAGGAGAACUCGGCAUUCAUCUUCAAGCAGGAGGAGAAGCACAACAAGGGGCUGCCCGUCACAGGCCUCUACGACGCCCCCUCCAGGCUGCCCGUGCACAGCAUUAUUGCCAGCAUGGGUACGGUGGCCAUAGAUCUGCAGAACCCGGACCCCCCUGAGGACAACAGCAAGCUGGCCCCGCCCACAGAGAACGGCUCUGGGAGCAGGCGGCCCAGUAUCGGCCCGGUCCUGGAGAUAGCAGAUUCCUCAGCCAUCCUACCAUGUGACCUGCUCAGCGACCAGUCAGAGGACGAGACCAACCAGUCAGAUGAGGAGGGCUCUGUGGGGUCAGAUUUUGUGAAGGGCUACCCUCCCAACUCGCCCUACAUCGGCAGCUCUCCGACUCUGUGUCACCUCCUACCGCAGAAAGCUCCAUUCUGCUGUCUUCGCUUAGACAAGGGCUGCACCCACAAUAGCUUUGAGGACGCCAAGGCAUACGGCUUCAAGAACAAGCUAAUCAUAGUGUCCGCUGAGACAGCAGGGAACGGCCUCUACAACUUCAUCGUCCCUCUGCGGGCCUACUACCGGCCCCGGAAAGAGCUCAACCCGAUAGUUCUGCUGCUAGACUACUCGCCUGAUAACCACUUUCUGGAGGCCAUUUGCUGCUUCCCAAUGGUCUACUUUAUGACCGGCACCAUUGACAACUUGGACAACCUGCUCCAAUGUGGCAUUAUCUAUGCUGACAACCUGGUGGUGGUCGACAAGGAGAGCACCAUGAGCGCUGAGGAGGACUACAUGGCCGACGCCAAGACCAUCGUCAAUGUUCAGACCAUGUUCAGGUUGUUCCCCAGCCUCAGUAUUAUCACUGAGCUCACCCACCCAUCCAAUAUGAGAUUCAUGCAGUUUCGGGCCAAGGACUGCUACUCACUGGCUCUCUCUAAGCUGGAGAAGAUAGAGCGUGAUAAGGGCUCCAACCUGGCUUUCAUGUUCCGCCUGCCGUUUGCUGCAGGCAGGGUGUUCAGUAUCAGCAUGCUGGAUACACUGCUGUACCAGUCUUUUGUCAAGGACUAUAUGAUUCCUAUUGCAAGACUACUCCUGGGUCUAGACACCACACCUGGCUCUGGGUAUCUGUGUGCGAUGAAGGUGACGGAGGAGGACCUGUGGAUCAGGACCUAUGGCAGACUCUUCCAGAAGCUGUGUUCCUCCAGUGCCGAGAUUCCCAUCGGCAUCUACCGCACCGAGUCCCACAUGUUCUCCACCUCUGAGGGCAAGGAAGGUCACCCGCAGUCUCAGGUGUCCAUCAACUUAGAAGAAGGGGGCGAGGAGCAGCGGGAGCGGCGCGAGUCCUGGAAGGAGAAGACGGCCCACCGCAACUCCACCACCAGCGACCAGUCGGAGCACCCGCUGCUGAGGAAGAAGAGCAUGCAGUGGGCGCGGCGCCUGAGCCGCAAGAGCGCCAAGCCGGCCAGCCGUGCCGAGCGCAUCUCCCAGCAGCGCCUCAACCUGUACCGGCGCUCCGAGAGGCAGGAGCUCUCCGAGCUGGUCAAGAACCGCAUGAAGCACCUGGGCCUGCCCACGGUGGGAUAUGAUGAGAUGAACGAUCACCAGAACACGCUAUCCUACGUGCUCAUCAACCCUCCUCCGGACACCAUGCUGGAGCUCAACGACAUAGUAUACAUUAUCCGGUCCGACCCAUUGGCUCAUGUGCCAGAUGACCUGCCCAUUGGACAAUCCCGGGCCAGUAGGAACCAGCAGGACUAUGCUACAGAGACGAGGGAUGAGACUCAUCUAUGAACCCCCCCCCCCCACGAGUCCCCAUCCAAUACCCCCAACCCCACCUGGAUACCAUUCAGAGACAUGAGUUAGGGAGAGAGAGACCCUAACCCUUACCUCCAGGACCCUGGGCUCAUUCCCCAGACACAGAUUGAGGUUAGUAAUGGCCCAAAACAACUAUCUGGUGAGAGCGUCUCCAGCCCCAAAGCCAGACAGACAUAAAUCUCUGUUUGUGGUGAUGACUCAGAAAACGUGCCGUUUCCCGCCGAGCUGCUAUGGAAGGAUGCAUGACGAGUGCCUCAUAAUUAACCCCUUGCUCCCUGCACACACCUACCUACCUACCUACCUACAGACAAAAGCCCUCGCAAAACAGUAUCAGAUUACGGUCCAGUCACUGGAAACCAGACCGCCCUGCUGACCCCAACGAGAGCAAGCAACCAAAGGCCUGACAGACUGAUUUGGUCAGAGAUCCUGUGAUAGUCAUGUGAUGAGGAAGUAUGCACUUGCACAGAACAGGACCUCAUUUCACUCAGCAUGUUGUGCUCUUGGGGUGACGUCCUUUUGCCAUGACCAAAUUGUGAACUUUUGCACCCCCUUUUAUUUUUGUUGUUUUUUGAGGGAGAGCUGCAAAGCUGACACCUUUUUUUAUUUGUUUUUUUAGUAUAAAACCUUCAUUUGUCUUUGGACAGAAUUUAUAUUCUCUUUUUUAUACUUUAUAGUGUCAUUCUGACGGCACAAACGUUUUGUUGUUACAAGUCGAUAAGCCAAUUUUCAGAGGUACACACCAUGCAGAUGGAGUGUUUCCACCUGCCACACUGAAUUUGCGUUUUUCCACUGUUGCAUUGACAAUGAAUAAUUUGCUCUGUUUAUUGUACAAGAGUGAAAGCCUUCAAACAAUGAACACACCAUUUAUUCUUUCAAUCUAAAUGUCUUCUGUCAUAGCCCUUAUUGGUGCCAUUCCUUUGUCAGCAGUUGCUUUGUAAAUAUCUUUUUUUUUAAAUCAGCUAUUACAUCCUAUGUGCCAUUUUGGAUCUACCCUCUCUCUACAUCCAUGCUAUGUAUUAUCUUUGCCAUUAUUUCUAUUUACGUACACCUUGUCAACUUGAGUUGAUAAGAAUUGGCAACGGGCACUAUUCACUUGCAAGUGUUACAAUAAGACUUGCAUGUGAGCGUCUUGGCUGCAGUGUGACUGGUCGCCUGAUUGUUUUGCACAAGUAGCAACAGGUUCGGCCAAGUCCAUCUGUGUGGUCGUACCUGGUGCUGAACACGAGCAGUUCUCCCCAGAUUGUAUGGUCCACAUCCUGUACAUAAGGCAGUGCAAACGUGUUGUGUUUUCACUUCAUUUGCAAUUUGAUCAGUGAUAAUUUUACUUUGUUGACAUGUUUGUCUCUUAUUAUCAGUGUGGAUAACAUCGUCAUUCCUUUUGGUCUAUGCUGUGUUAUAAAAAUGAAACAGGACUUGAACUACUUUUGCACUAAGCUCUGUGGGGAUUUCUAGAGCAUUAUAGCAUGACCCUUUAAUCUGAAUCUAUACAAUAGGGCAGUAUUCGACAGUAUUCAACCAUUCCUAAACUUGUUCUGCCAGGAUGUGCAUUCGCAAAGCUUUGAUUGGUUUGCAAUAGUUAGCCAGGUUUAUUUUUGGAAUGUGCCAUUUUUAUUUUAUUUUUUUUAACUUUUUUUUUUUUUUGUGAAAGAAUACAGACGUAACAAGCAGGAAGUGUAAAAUGGGUUGUCUUUUUGAAAAUCUCAUGAAUGAGAACUGCCAAAUCCAGAGCAAGGACCCUCAUGUGAUUCAAAGUGUACGUUUUUGCAACGUUCCAUGGAAAUGGACCGGUAAUGCUCUAGACUUUGCAAGCCAGAGCGCCUCAGAAGGGCGGUUUACAGGAUUGCAGAACCGGUGGACGAUAGUAUGUGUGACCAACACGGAGGACAUAGUAUGGUGUUAAAGCGCUGUUUCAGUUGCAGCCCUUCGAGAUCUUUCUGUGACAUCAUUUCCCCUGUCAGCAAACCUGACAACCCCCAAAAAAGGGUAAAUAUCCUCUGGCGGUAACCUUGUCCUACUGCCAACACUAUACUAUCAUAAGGGGCAUGCAAACACUGUCAGCAUGUUUUGAUAUACAGCUUGCCAAGAGAGACAUGUUUUUGUACAUGGUAGCUGGCUAAUGUGGAAGUCCAGUGACCAGAGAGAUCAUCAUGUCUGCUUGUUAUUGGGAACCAUAUCAUUUGAUAUUUUGUAUUUAUAUGAAUGGGCCAUGCAUGUCCUCUAUUGUGGGUGUAUAAAGAACCUGUUUACCUUCAUCCUAUCCUGUUUUUAAGUCAUUGUCAAAAGGGUUGAUCCAUUUUGUACUAUUUCUUAUAAGAAGUCAGUGCACUUAUUACAAAGUAAAAUAUGAAAAUAAAUGCUGCAUGCAGCCGGGAUUAAAAACAAACAAAUAUACUGAAU